GAGCUCGCUCGUUUAGCCGGCGCUGCUUCUUCGCCCGGUGCGUGACUCCUCACCGCUUCUCUUCCUCUUCACCACCUCACCUCCUUCUUCACCUUCUUCACCUUCUUCACCAUGGCUGAUCGCAAGGAAAAGGACAGAAAGGACAAAGAGCUGCGGCCGAUAAAUCCCGCGCUGGCAAAGCUCGCGACGCCCGAAGCGCCCGUCAGUCCGCUCUCCAGACCUGCGCCCUGGGGCGACCUCGACAUCGACUACUGCCGCGACCAGCGCGCUGACUCCGUCUACUCCGCCAACUCCUACGCGCCUUCUGUUCGCUCGGCCCGCACGUCCUCCUCCGGAUUCUCCCUUCUGCGCUCCUCCGCGUCCUCCAUCUCCGGCGAGUCCGUCUUCUCCCGGCUCAGCAUCGAUGCCGCCGGGCCUGAUGAGUUCUACGCCGCAGAGAGCAUGGGCGUCGCCAUCCCCCUCCGCCAGGACUCCCGGCUCUCUGCCGCGCCCGCCCUCGCCUCCAUCGCCGAGAACAAGCGCGACAUCGCCCAGGACCUCGGGGUCGUCGCUGCCGACUGCCGCUCCGUGCUCGAACAGGUCGGCCACCAGAUGAUGGACCUCUCCAAGGCCGCCUCCUCGCUCACGCAGACCAUCCGACUCGCCGCAGUCGCCUGCGCCAAAGCCCUCGGCACCCCGACUUCUUCCUCCUCCUCUUCCACCUCAUCCCUGCCGCCGCCCCUCUCGCCCGUCACCUCGCCCGCCCUCGCCUCGAUCCUCAAGGUCGUCCUGCACUUUGCUGACAACCUGCUCGUCGGCCUUCCCUACGCUUCCGCCCGCUCGCUCCUGCUGCGGGCCACCGCCGAGCUCGGCAUCGUCCUCCGUCUCAUGCCUUCCUACUCUCCUGCUCUCGCUCCCCCACAGCCGCACAACUUUGCCAUCUCGGCCGAGUUUGAAAAACCAGAGACGCCGGCGAAGCUCGCGCUCGACAAACUCGCGCAGCUCAUGGCGGUUUUGCCGCAGCACCAGGUCUUUUCCGAGCACGACGGUGCGUUUGUUGCUCCGAUCGCUCGUGGUUUCUCCGAAUCGUUCUCGAUCGUGUCUGUGCUGUUUGGUGUUCCCUCGCCGACCACUUCCGACCACGACUCUGUCUCGGCUCUGUGGGAUGUCGCGGACGAUAUCCACUUUUUCUGCCAGCGCAACCGUAUUUUGGUUGCUGCGGGUAAGGUGUCUAUGGCUGGAUUCCGUGCGCCGUUCCGAAACUCGGCGGCAGAGGUUCCUCCGAUGUCGAUGUCGAUCGCGACGGAGGACGCUGAGACGCUGAGUGGAACGCUGGGUGGAUAUGUGUAUCCGAAGGUUGACCCCAACGACCCUGCGCUUGCGGCCUACUCGCAGUCUGCGUUUGCAAUGACCUGUGCACAUGUCUGCUUGACAGAAGCUAAAAUUCGCCGACCGCCUGUGUCGGUGCCGUCGCCGGUGCUGGUGAAUAUGUAUCGCGACACGCUGCUGAAGGAGUACGCGCGGUAUGCGCCUCACUCUGACGAGCGGCGGGCGUUCAAGCGGGCGGUGAAUGCGCUUGAUGCGCAGUACCCUCGUCAGAACGGACGGUCGGUGCCGCCCAAGUUUGGAGACGUGCUGUGGGGCGAGCGCACGCUUGCGAACGGCAUGAUUUCGGAUGUUGCUAUUGUGCGGUGUCGGCCGGGUCUGAAGCCGGAGGAUAACGAGCUUGGAGACGAUGUUCCGUUUGCGGAGUUUGACCCGUCGCUGAUGUUUACAAACUUGUCAGUGCGACGAGUGGUUAAGAGACUUGUUCCGGGGUUGGAGGUGUUCAAGUAUGGAUCUACGUCAAAGUUCACUACUGGCAAGCUUAACGGGCCGCGGUUGAUUUACUGGGCCGAUGGCGCGCUACAGUCGUCAGAGUUUGUAGUUGCGGCCGCCCCUUCGGGUAUGUUUGCGACAGGAGGAGACUCUGGCGCGUGGAUUCUUCGCAAGGACGGAAUUUCGGGAUUGGGAGUUGUUGGCAUGCUGCAUGCGUACGACGGCGAGCACCGAGAGUUUGGACUGUUUACGCCGAUGACGAGGAUUCUUGACCGGCUACGGGACGUGACUGGGAUUGAGUGGGGAGUUGUAGGAGCGAAGGAUGUCGAGGGAAGUGAGGAGGAGGAGAUGAUGGUUGGUGGGUCGGAGACGUCAGACUCGUCGAGAGGGUUUGAUGGAUCGCUUGCGGAUUCGUCGAGUGAUUCGGAGCUGGAGUAGAGAUGGUUACUUGUUAGUAUGUUAUGAACGGAUUACUAUGUUUUUCUUUGAUUUAUUUACUAUUUUCUGUACUAUUACCCGAUGGUUUUCCUUUCUAUUUCUUUUUUAUCUUUUUUAUUUAUAUUGGAUUUGGACGUAUAAACGGUUUUUCUCUUCUUUUUUAUUGUUUGAGAAGAUGGUAUUUGGAAAAGGAUUUUAUUUUAUUUAAUAGAAGAUUCAGAUUAGAAGAAGAAGAAGAGAAGAAGAAGAGAAGAAGAAGAGUAGAAGAAGAGUAAGAUUUGGGUUUGCUGAUA